GCCAGCCUUAGUACAUUGUCAAGAAAUCCCACCGUUGCUAUGUGUCUGGUAAUAUUGUCGUCAUGUAGCCCGAUAUUACUUAUGUAAAUACGAUCUAAUGUCUAUGUCAGAGCCAGAAAUAAUGGAUUUUUUUCUUCAAAUUAUACUUUUCUAUCAUGUAAACAUAUAUGUUACAAAGGUAUAGUACAUGGGUCAUAAUGAUGACAGUGUUUCAAAUUGUUUAUUGUUUUGUUUUGUUGUUUGAAAUAUUUUAUGUUACAUUCUGUUGUAUUCUCAACUUCAGAAAAAGCCACCCAUAUUGAAUGUGUAUUUGACAUCAAUCAAAGUAUGAAAUGAAACUGCCAGUUUUUGUUUCUUUACACAAUGAAAUUGGCAUUGUCAUGUCUAUUUUGAUAUGUCAUAAUCAGCAACUGAAACUCAGGAGACUGCAGACAAAAACACCGAAGACACAUACAUGUACCAUAUCGUGGAUACAGGGGCUGUACACGAGGGCUGUACUAGUGUGAGGAUGGCGUGUCUCACAGGAAUGACAGGAUAAGAUGUUUUAAAUUUGUAUCUUUAAAAUUCUUAACAAGAAUUAUUUUGAUCAAUAUUUAGAAAACCUUCUUGAUAAAUAGAUUUCAUUAGGCGAUUUAUAGCAAGCAUGUUUGAAUAUGGUACAUCAUUAAUCAUAUUUAUAGUUUAUGUAUAAGUUAAGCAUGUUUGUGCAUUAUCAUUAUUUGUCAUAUUGAUAUUGUUUAGGUGCUGAUCCUCUCAGAAGGCAAAGGAAGCCUCAUGCCGUUCCUUCAAUAUUCCCUUGGAGCAGCUCAAGGAUAUGCGAAGAUGACAGAAACCAACGACGCAUUACACGCAAGAGAAAAGUGGAGCAAGCCUGUACUAGUCCGAUUUCCAAUGACGAGUCUCAAGUAGCCAUUUUUUCCAACAUUGGUAAUUUUGUAGAAACAAGUAGUUGCGAAAGUAAUGAACCAAUGCCGUCAUGUAGUUAUGAAUCCUCUGAUGCUGCACCAGUUUAUACAGAAAGUUCAUGCCAAACCAUGUCAUUGCCAAUAAUGUCAGUGGAAAAUUUCAUUAACGAUAGUGAAGGUUUUAUGUUCUAUACUGGACUAGCAACAUACACAGAUUUUUUACACGUGCUGUAUAGUUUAGGUGAGGCUGCAUUUCAUUUGAACUACAUAUACAACCAGGUGCAGAAUCUGACAAUUGAGAACCAGUUGUUUCUGACCUUGAUCAAACUAAGACAAUAUAAAACUAACUUUGAACUUAGUAGGCUUUUUUCAGUGUCCACAACAACUGUUGAAAAUAUAUGGCUGACAUGGGUCAACUUCAUGUACAGGCAGUGGCAAGAGGUUAACUUUUGGCCUGACAGAGAGUUGGUGAAUUUCUUUGCUCCAAGGGAUUUUUAUUCGAAGUUCCCAACAACACGGUUAAUCAUUGAUGGUACCGAGAUUGCUGUCAAGAAACCAAAGCCACCAAUAGCCCAGCAGUCUACUUUCUCUACAUACAAGAAUCGGAAUACUGUGAAGGUACUCGUUGGCUCAACACCUGGUGGUCUUGUAUCUUUCAUCUCAUCAGCUUUUGGAGGUUCUGCAAAUGAUCGUCAACUUGUGGAACGCAGUUCCUUGUUGAAUCAGUGCGAGCCAGGCGAUUCAGUGAUGUCUGACAAGGGCUUUAACGUGCAAGACAUGUUUGCUUGCAGGGAUGUUAAAAUUAAUAUUCCAACAUUUUUUAAGAAGAAAAACCGUAUGUCGGGAAACACUGUGUUGCAUGAUCGCAAAAUAUCUAGUAAAAGGGUGCAUAUUGAACGGAUAAUUGGAUUAGCAAAAACAUUUAAAAUUUUGAAGGGCCCCUUGAACAGCACCGAGACAAAGUUAGCAAGUGAAAUUGUCUUUGUAUGCUUCACUAUGUGCAACUUCAGAAAAUGUAUUGUACCCAAACAUGCUUAAGAGUUAAGAUUGUUAUGGUCUGUGAAGUAUAAACAUAUUUAUGUAUUUUCAUAUGAUUUGUACUCUCCGGGCUCCAAUAACUUUAUUUUUUGUAUUCCAAGUCUCUAACAAAUACUAAAAUAUUAAAACAUCAAAUGAUAUG